CCCGUUGUGACUGCAAUAAACAAAUCAUGUGAUCUAUGACGUCACUUCCGAAACUGUGGCCUUUUUCCCGGUACUACCUUGUUAGGGUAUACACGCUGUGAAAAUGGGUCGUAGACCGGCGAGAUGUUAUCGCUACUGUAAGAACAAGCCAUAUCCCAAAUCCCGUUUCUGUCGUGGUGUACCUGAUCCCAAGAUUCGUAUCUUCGAUCUUGGCCGCAAGAAGGCACGUGUGGAUGAAUUUCCUCUCUGUAUUCACUUAGUAUCUGACGAGUUUGAACAAAUCUCUUCAGAGGCUCUGGAAGCUGGUCGUAUCUGUGCCAACAAAUAUUUGGUGAAACAUUGCGGCAAAGAUGCCUUCCAUCUAAGAAUUCGUUUGCAUCCCUUCCACGUCAUCAGAAUCAACAAGAUGUUGUCGUGUGCUGGAGCUGAUAGGCUUCAGACCGGAAUGAGAGGUGCUUUUGGAAAACCCCAGGGUACAGUUGCCAGAGUUAAUAUUGGUCAGGUGAUCAUGUCUGUACGUGCCAAGGAGAUGCAUGAACCAAUGAUUGUUGAGGCUUUAAGACGUGCCAAAUUCAAGUUCCCUGGCAGGCAGAAGAUUGUUGUCUCCAAGAGAUGGGGUUUCACCAAAUGGAACCGUGAUGUCUUUGGUCAGAUGAGACAAGAUGGUAUCUUAGUGACUGAUGGUGUGAACGUGCAGUAUAAACCAGACCAUGGACGCCUCCAUUUAUGGAAAACUCGCAUGGCAGCACUUAUGGCUGCUUAGUUUUAUGAACUACAUAACUGGAAAUAAAAAAACAAAAAAAAUCUUA